AUGAAACUCACUGUCAAGACGCUUACUGGUAAGGAGAUUGAGGUUUUAGUGGAUCCUCAAGACAAGGUUUCCAGAAUCAAAGAAUAUUUAGAGGAAAAAGAGGGCAUUCCUCCAACUCAGCAGCGAUUGAUUUUCCAGGGCAAACAAAUUGAUGAUGAAAUGACAGUAACUUCUGCUAAUUUGACCUCUGGUAUGCAGCUGCAUCUGGUUUUGACUCUGCGGGGCGGAUUUUAA